AUGCCAUCGAUCCUCGCCACGGCGAUCCAGUCAUCACUCCUCAAAGGCACCGCAAACUUCACGGCGCAGAUCGUCAACCAGCACCGGCUGCCCGGCGGCGGGCCCCCGCUCGACGUGCGUCGCGUGCUCGAGUUUGCCACCUUCGGCUUCAUCCAGGGCCACAUCAACUACUGGUGGCAGCACUUCCUCGAGGACCGCUUCCCGAACUCCGCCGCCGCCGCCGCCGGGGGCCGCCGGGGCCGAAAGGCCUCCAUCGUCGAGCCCCGGGUCGAAAAGCCCGAGAAGCCCGAGGGGCCGCCCCCCAAAAACUACUUCAAUGUCGCCCGCAAGAUCCUGGUCGACCAGACCAUCGGCCUGUUCAUGAUGAACUCGGCCUUCCUCAUCAUCACGUCCGCCCUGCGCCUUGGCUUCUCGCCCCUGGUCUACCAGAUCUGGAGCGAGCGCAUCUUCGACCUGAUCAAGGCGGCGUGGAAGUUUUGGCCGCUGGUGGCCCUGUUUAACUUUGCACUCAUGCCCGUGGGAUACAGGGCGCUGGUCGGCAUGUGUGUCGGGUUCAUAUGGAACAUGUUUCUCACGUUUUUUCUCCUGUAA